AUGGAAAGCGAGGACACAAAGAACAUACAAGAAAUGAAGACUGACCUGAACUUACUGUUGGAGUGUCUAAAGUAUCAAAUGGACAACCCUUUUUCACAAAAGGAAGCUUUGGUCACUAUUCAUUCAAUUUGUCAACAAAACAGUAAUGCAAGUAUUUAUUUUCGGGAAAUUGGUGGUUUGAUGUUUGUAAAAAAUCUUGCAAAAUCAAGUGAACAUAGCGUGGUAAAAGAAGCAGCGUUAUAUACCUUAGGAGCUGUUGCAGAAAAAGAUGGGACCGGACAAACACUUGUGAGAGAAACAGGUUGUAUUACAGUUCUGUCACGGUUGUUCAGGACAGUUCUUUCAAAAUAUGAGUUGAAUUUGUUAGAUAAAAAUGUUUUCCAGAAUUAUCAAUUGUGGUCUUCAGUGUGUAGUACUCUGUGUGUUUGUGUCAACAAUCCUCAAAAUGAUGAAAAUCAAUUGUUUUGCUGUUCGCUUUUUCCACAUGCUAAUGAGUGGCUAAUAAAUUGCAUGAAACCUGAGAUAAUUCGCCCAGUUUGCUCAUUUAUUGGACUCACUCUUGCAAAUAACAAGGAAAAUCAGUAUGACCUUUUUAAAAACAAUGGACUUCCACUCAUGAUACAAGCCUUAACUGAAUCUCAGAGUGAGGAACUAAACAAAGCUGCCACAUUUGUGCUUCACAACUGCAAAAAAAUUACUGAAAAAUUAUCUCUAAGUCUAGGAGAAUAUCCUUUUGAUGAAAAUGAAACAGAACAAUUAAAGGAUGUAAAUGUGAAAGAAAAGAAUCUUGAAGAGCACUGGAAGAAAGCAAAAGAAAUUCUACACAGAAUAGAACAGCUUGAAAGAGAAGGCAAGGAGGAGGAAAUACGAAGAGAAAAAUAUAAGGAUGAUAUUUCAUCUGUGAACAUAAAUAUUCAGAAUACAUUGAAAGGUCUCCAUGCAAAUAAUAUUGGUCAAGGUAGCAAAGCAGAAGAUAAAGAUAAAAGCCAUUCUAAACAGAUUCAGAGUUAUAAAUCCUAUGGAAUCAUGUCUAAAGCAUGUGCAAGUGAUGACCAAACGAAGACUCCGUUAAAGAGUGCAAAUCCAGUUAAUACUUGUUAUAGGGAGAGUGAGCAAAGUAAGACUUUAUGUAAAGCCAAUUCAAGCUGCAACCAAAACCUACAUGAAGAAACAACUGCUGAAAAAAAGAAUUUUGUUUCUCAAUCAAGUGACCAUGUUUUUAAACAUCCAACUCACACUGCCAAAGAUAGAAAGCAGCAGUUACCAGUAACAGAUCCAUUUACAUUAUGUUCAGAUAUAAUAAAUAAAGAAGUAAUCAGUUUUCUAGCAACUGAUACUGACAAUUCUUCCAAAAUGCUGAAGUAUAGAUGCUCAGGUUGCAUAGCAGUAGGAAUAUCACUGAAUAGCCGAAAUUUUAGCAAGCUCUUGCAUUCUUGCCCAUACCAAUGUGAUCGUCACAAAGUCAUUGUGGAAGCUGAAGACAGAUAUAAAAGUGAACUAAGGAAAUCACUUAUCUGUAACAAAAAAAUUCUGCUCACCCCACGUAGAAGACAAAGACUCAGUAAUGAAUCUACUACCUCUGGAGGAAUAAAAAAAAGAAGAAUUCGUAAAAACUUUACCAAAGAAGAAUUGAAUUACCUUUUCAACGGAGUUAAGAAAAUGGGCAAUCAUUGGAAUUCAAUUUUGUGGUCUUUCCCCUUUCAGCAAGGACGAACGGCUGUGGACCUUGCUCAUAAAUACCACAAUCUGACCAAAGGCCCCAAUUGUGCGGCUCCUUGA